UCCAAACCCUAACCUUAAAAACCACGAAUUGAGAGCUUAAAAUAGACGCAGAAUCAGAAUUCCGGUGCUCUACUUGAAGCUCCAUCGAAAAUCCAUAUCCUGGUGGGAAGAGAAGCAGAGAAAAUGCCUCUGAAAGUGUUGGACGCUACCGUAGCAACAUUCAAUGGAGUGUUUGAGAAGUUCAAAGCCGAAGCCCCCAAAAACAAGGCCAAUUUCAUCCUCUUCCUGGCUGACAUUGAUCCUUCCACCUCCCUUAGCUGGUGCCCCGAUUGCGUGAGAGCUGAGCCGGUGAUAUACAAAAAGCUGGAAGCGUCAUCUGAUGAUGUUGCACUGCUGAGGGCUUAUGUUGGAGACAGGCCAACAUGGAGGACUCCACAGCACCCCUGGAGGGUGGAUCCCAAGUUCAAUCUGAAAGGAGUUCCUACUUUAAUCCGUUGGGAAGACGAUGCAGUUAAAGGUCGACUUGAAGACCAUGAAGCCCACCUUGAGCACAAGAUUGAUAAUCUUCUUGGUGGAAAGUAAACUCUAAUGACUUCUUCGUACCAAAAUAUAUUUAGAAGGCCAAAAAUACUAUAAUCGCCCAUGAAUAAAAUAUGCUCAUGUUUCUGGCAUAUAUACAUUUUGCCUAGGAACAGACUUUGAAUAGCUUAUCAUAUUCAAGAAAAUGGGAAAAUCGUUGUUAAUCUUUACCAGUAUAAAUUACAGGGUUUUGGCUUUCUGGCUCCUAA